UUUGCAUAUCAUGGAGUUUAACAAAGAUGGUGCAUACCAAAAUGUGUUUGGAUACUAUCAAAACAUCGUUAUUACCAACAACCCAGUUGGACCGAGCGGAACUAUAGGAUUUUUAGAAGCUCAUGAAUGGAAAGUUACCGUAGAAAUUUCUGAAGAGUUCAAAGAUGACUCUAAGCAAGUGAGGCUCUAUGAUGAAACCCCAUACCUUAGUCAUCCUUUUGAGCAUUGAAAAGAUGAUUUUGGAAUAAAAUAAAGAGGAAGGAUCACUAACAAUCUCAGAUGAUGAAUUCUUCCACAAAAUUGAGUCUUUUGAGUUCCAGCCAAACAAAAUCUUAGUCAAUACCAUUAACAAUGUUGAAGAACUCGAUCAUGCUAAGGAUACUCUAGAUUUCAUAUUUCUGAAGCACAAUAAGAGAAAUCUCCAUACCUCCAAAUCUAUUCAAGAGAUCCAGGAUCAAAAAUGAGUAAACUUAAGAGGCUCUUAGGCAUGCUUGUAGAUGUGCAUUUCAGACGACUAAAGAUAUCUAAAUAAAAACUAUAACAGAUUUCUUCACAGCCUCAUUGAAGCGAAAUCUCAAGGAAGAUGGUCAAGGCUUAGGAAAAAUCACAGAAUGAGGGAUAAGAGAAGACCCAAUGAGCAUUCCACACAGUACAGCACCAAUAUUGAACGUUCUCUGUCUAAACUAGGAACCUAGAUUUAUCUGGAGCAAGAUCGCAUCAUUUUUAGCAUAAUUCCGCCUUUCUGUUUACCAAAUUUUACUUUUGGUUUAUCUCAGUAAGAUUACCAAAAAGAGGUCCGAAUCUUCUAAUAAUUGGGAUAAAUGCUCCUUGACAAAGAGUUGCCAGCACAUUUAGCACCACUUGGGAGUUUUAUGGUUAAGAAAGAAUACCUGAGAGCAAAGAACUUCUAACUUAGGGCAUGCUAAUCCUAGUAGAUUAAUAGAAUAACUGAUUGUGGGAAAACACCUCGCAAUAGCCACUACAGUCUGAAUGUUGGAUACCAAACAUUGCAUUUCUUCUUGUCUUUUCAGUUUUCUUGGUCAGAAUUCUGUAAGCUAAGGAUCUUUAUACUGGAGAAAAUAUGUUAAUAACUCCUAAAAUUUCAAAAUUCUUCAAAACAUUUACCUCAGAAAUUAAUAUUUUCCUCUCAAUUUUGGUAUAAAAUUAGAUGCUUUGAGAAGCCUGAAGCUCUAAAUGGAAUCCAUAGAAAGCUCCAUUACGAAAAUUGAGGUUACAGGCACAAAUAAGAGACUUGAAAAUUUCAAC